AUGUUACAGGUAUCUUCCCGGUUACUAGUUGUGUGGGGAAUUUUAUAUAUAGUUGCACGUGAUAAUUUGGGUGUCCCACUCAUUGUUAUAUCGUGGUCUAUUGCUGAAAUGAUUCGUUAUUCAUAUUAUGUAGCAGAUAUAUGUAGGGUCAAGUUAAAUCUGCUAACUUGGUUAAGGUUUUAUGGUUUUGUAUCCAACUGGGAUUUCUGUAAGUUAUAG